AUGAUUCUAAUCUUGACAGCCGAUAUGGCUAGCACGGUCACUUCCUACGAUUGGGACGUUACUACCGGGCUUGACUUGACGACAAACAACAUAUUUCACUUGGAGAUCCGAAAUGCGUCGGAUAUCAAUGAUGUGAAUGUAGUUAUCAUCAGUCGGAACUUCAACCUCACCAAAGGGACCUCGACAUCCUCAACUACUACCACGAGCUCUUCCAGUACAACCUCCAGUACCAGUACAGGGGGAGGUAUUACCACGGCGAACUUGCCAUCCACAACCCAAACCACAUUUCCUCUCUCGACAGGUAGCACGGCAAGCGAUAGUAACAACAGUAGUGACAGUGGCCAGAAAUCUGGCCUGUCAACUAAUGGAAAGAUUGGCGUGGGAGUGGGCGUUGGCGCUGGGUGUGCCUCUGUGGCCGUUUUGGCAGCCUUCUUCUAUAUGCGUCGUAAGAAGAAAUCAGAGUCAACCGAGGACGACAUGGAUGACUAUAGCGGAUAUGGCACCCCGGAGCCAGAGUCAAGGCCUGAAUCAACGCGAGCGCUGAAACCACGGCUAAAGCAGGAGCCGAUGCCAGCGCCCAUACAAAAGCCGACACCAGCGCCAAUACAAAAGCCAACACCAGCGCCAAUACAAAAGCCAACACCAGCGCCCGUACAAAAGCCGAUGCCAACGCCUAUACAAAAAUCGAUGUCAGAGCCCAUACAAAAGCCUGUACCAGAGCCCAUACAAAGGCCGGUACCAGUGGCCAGGCAAGAUACUUACCCCAAAGUUGGAGAGCUGCACCGAUGGCCAGGAAAGGUUUUUGAGGCGCCUGCAAAUGAGGCACGGCCGGUUUUUGAGCUACAGGGCUAA